AUGGAAGUCAAGGAGGCUGUCAAGAAAGCUAAAAAUGGCUUAAAAUCAGGAAGUUUCAUCACUAGUGGGACCCACCUCCAACAAACCCACCUCCAACAAACCCACCUCCCACAACCCACCUCCAACAAACCCACCUCCAACAACCCACCUCCCACAAACCCACCUCCAACAAACCCACCUCCAACAAACCCACCUCCAACAAACCCACCUCCAACAAACCCACCUCCAACAAACCCACCUCCAACAAACCCGCCUCCAACAAACCCGCCUCCAACAAACCCACCUCCAACAAUCCCACCUCCAACAAACCCACCUCCCAACAAACCCACCUCCAACAAUCCCACCUCCCACAGACCCACCUCCAACAAACCCACCUCCCACAGACCCACCUCCAACAAACCCACCACCAACAGACCCACCACCAACACCGUCCGCCUUAGCUAG